AUGUUACCGCAGUGCGCAAGCUGGUCUUUCCAGGAAGCUCAAGGCGACAAUUGCAGUGAAAUUUCAUGCCUUGGUAAACAUCGACCACACCAUCUCCCACUUGCUUUGAACGCCCAAAGUCUUGUCCCUCUGAUCCGAACCAUCACACACGGUACUGCCAAGUCUGUUCUUCGUCCUAGUACUCGAUGUAAGCCAGAUCAAGUCGAGAUUGGCUUUGGAUCUGCGAAGGCAGGUGGUCACCGCCGCUGCAACAGCGAAGAAGCGAGCGAAACGGAUGGAAAGGCUCUUAGAUUUCUUGCGGUAGGAUCGAAGACUGUAUACAUGAUGUUGUACCGAUGGCAUUCAAUUGCUUGGCUAUUUGCUAAAGCACACGAAGCCUCACAAUCGACGGGAGAAUGUAGCUCUUCUGUUAAGGCCUGCUGCGCUGAAGCUAUUGAGAGCUCCAGGUCUUUCCCAGCGAAAGUAGCUGCAGCGGAGAUGUCUUGCAAUCCUAUGCCUCAGGGGCUUGCAAGAUUCACUCACUUCGGCCCUCAAAACCUCGAUUUCUCUUGUAAAACACCACUCUCCGCAGAUACCAUUCCCUUCUACAAACCUCUCUGCGUUCUCUCCAAAUCCGCGACCGCAACCAUGCCCAUUUUUGUCACCAUCGACGCCGCCUGCUCAGACGACCGACCCUUCCUUGCCAAGGACCUCGUCGAGGGGGCAUACCCGCUCGCCCUCGUCAGCAAGAUAGACUUCGCCGUCUUGCGCCUGGACGAGCGCAUCAAGAGUGCCCAAUUCGCCGAAACCGGGCCCAUCGAGAGGCCACCUUCGAAGGACGACCGCCACAAAUUCACACUGUGGCGUGGGACCGUCUCGUCCCCCGACGCCUACAAAUUCCCUUGGGAGUACGCGUUCCGCGAGCACGCCAACCUCGCACUGAUGGCGACCUUCCAAGCCGUCUUCGAGCAUUUGCGACCGCUCUGGUCAGAGCUCGAGACCCACGAGACCGUGAGCCCCGCCGGCUUCGGACUGCAGUUCGUUGGCGUCGGAGAAGCCGGCUGGUCUUUGGACCAGCAUGGCUGCCUCGCGCUGGCACAACUCUCCCGGGACGGCAGCGAGAUAGAGUGGCUGUACGUGAAGGCAGAAGUCGGCGACAACCAAGCUCCACUUCCUGCGGGUAACGUGCUACCCAUCGACCCUCUCCCCACCGCCAACAAGCCUUUGGGCUUCAAGAAGUUCUCGAUGACUCCGAAGACACGGCGCUGA